GGAAAAGAUACACUGCGACAUUUGCGACGUAACCUUGCGGGAGUCGCAAUACAAGAAACAUCUUAUAAAGCACAGUAGUCGUUACGAUUUUCAGUGCGACGUUUGCAAGAAGAAGUUCAAACACAAGGUUAACAUGAACGUACACAAAAUGAAGAUCCAUGGAGAAGCGCCGACGUAUAGCUGCCAGUAUUGCGACUUCUCCACGAUACACUCCUCCUACCUGCAGGGUCUUAAACGGAAACGGAUAUUUUCUGUAUGGCAAAGAAUCUAUUCCGAUGCUGCCGUGGCAGAUUGUUGAUCUGGAGGGCAAUCCCUAUUAUGCCUUCCUUCCAGCGAAUGAAAUACCAAAGACCGAGGAGAAAAGUCAACUCAAUUCCAAGCCACCCCCUCCCGACAUGUUGGACGUCGUUGUCGACGAUACCGAGGAAGCCAUCGUAGUCACGUCGGACAAUGAUAUGACUUACACGGAUUCGUUAGGCAAUUUCUACACUAUGAAGAUAAAAGAUGAAACUACGAAGGACGGACCUUUCGUAGACGAAAACGAGUUUGACAAUGACGUCUACACCUGCGAGGACUGCAACAUUUGCUUCCCGGUGUUGCAGAUGUUGAAGCAGCACAGAAGAACAAUGCAUAUGGAGAAGAUGCCGCGGUACAAGUGUAAGUUGUGCCCUAAGAUCUGCCGUAGUUCAAUCGCGUUCAGGAUGCAUAUGAAUCUGGAGCACAACAAAGAACAGAACACGGACGAGCAGAAUACAGACGAACAGAAUACAGACGAACAGAAUAUAGACGAGCAGAACACAAUAAGCGUGGAAAAGCAGUCUGAGAUAUAUCGCUGCGACUUUUGCAAUUACGAGACUAUCAACAAGUCGACCUUCAAAUCGCACAUCAAUAGGAAGCAUUCAGCGUUACUCAGGAGCAACAAGCGAAAAGGCGCCGCCGAACCGGAGGAGUACACGUGUGACGGAUGCAGUUUCAAGUGUCAAAGCAAACGUCGGCUGAAGGAGCAUCUUGAGCGUAAGCAUUUGUCCGAGUACAAGUACAGCUGCGAAUACUGCAGCAAGAAGUUCAAGGUCAGGAGCGACAUGAGGCUGCACGUACGCUUCAAGCACAAGGAAGGCCCGUUAGUGUGCGACGUGUGCGGCAAGACCUGCUCCAACAGCAACUCGCUCUACGUGCACCAGAAGUGGGCGCACUUCAAGCCCAAAUACGAGUGCAAGAUCUGCAAGCGGCGCAUGGUCACGCAGAAGAACCUCGACCAGCACAUUCUGCUGCAACACAAGUGCAAAGAGAGUUUCGUCUGCGAGGAGUGCGGCAAAUCGUUCUCAGAGAACCACCGACUAAAACAGCACAUGAUGACACACACCGGCGACCGGCCGUUUGAUUGCCACAUCUGCAACAAGGCUUUCUCGCGCAGGACAGCCUAUAGGCAACAUCUGCUGAUUCACACGGGCAAACGGCCGUACGUCUGUGAUAUCUGCGGAAAGAGCUUCACGCAGAAGCCCGGAUUGAUUUGCCAUCGCAAGUCGCAUCCGGGUGUGCACCCACCUCUACCGGUAGUGUACAUAGAUCACAUCCUUAACGAUUUCAUGAAGAACAAGUGAUCGCGCGAGAGAGUGUCGUGUUAACGCGAAUGCUGCAAAAGAAAAUUCGCGAUAAUUUGACUGUUUUUUUAUUCAAAACGAGAUUGCUUAUUUCACACUUCAUUUUAAUGCCGCAGAUUGCAAGGAAAAUAAGAGAAAGCGAA